GUUGAGAAAAAGGCUUUUGGUGAAUUUGAAAACACACAUGAAAACAAAGCAGUCUCAGCAAAGUAAGCGCUGUUUGUAGCUGUUGUUGUUGUUGUUGUUGGGAAGGGGUUUCUGUCCCAAUCCUCACACAACACGUAACACGCACGGGGACACCGCUCUCUCAAACCGAUCAACUGCUCUGUUUGAAUUAGAAAAGAGAGAGAGGUGGUCCUCGCUGGUUCAGGUUCAUGGUAUCGUGUGCCUUACGCGGAGUCUCUUUGUCAAAACAUUUUGGCUUUUAAAGCUUGAAAAAAGGGGUUUUGGUGUAUGACUAUCUCAGCAAGAAAAUCAAAGGCUUCCCCUUUGUGCUUGGUAAUACUGUUUUGUUAAAGGGGUAGUUUCAAUAUCCUGAACUAGAAAUUUCAACUAUCACUUCUGGGUUUUGACCUUUUGUUGAGGAGCGACGAUUUGUGUUUUGGUAUGGCUAUUGCCAAGAGUAACAACAAUAGCAGCAAUGAGCCUUCUACUUCAUACAAGUGUUACAAAGUAGCAGGCUUGACCGAAACCAUAUUAGACACAAAUCAUACUGCUAAUUUGAAAGAUCGAUAUGUUCUUGGGGAACAGUUAGGCUGGGGACAAUUUGGUGUCAUCAGAGCUUGCUCUGAUAAGCUGACAGGAGAGCUUUUGGCUUGCAAAUCAAUUGCUAAGGAUAGGUUGGUUACGUCAGAGGAUCUGCGAAGCGUGAAGCUUGAGAUCGAGAUCAUGGCUAGGUUGUCUGGGCACCCGAAUGUCGUCGAUCUCAAAGCUGUUUAUGAAGAAGAAGAUUUUGUUCAUUUGGUGAUGGAGCUUUGUGCUGGAGGGGAGCUGUUCCACAGGUUAGAGAAGCACGGGCAGUUUUCUGAAUCUGAAGCCAGGGUUAUCUUUAGGCACCUUAUGAAGGUGGUUUUGUAUUGUCAUGAAAAUGGUGUUGUUCAUAGAGAUUUGAAGCCCGAGAAUAUUCUCCUUGCUACUAGAGCAUCAUCAUCUCCAAUCAAAUUGGCCGAUUUUGGGCUAGCAACCUACAUCAAAGCUGGACAAAGUUUGCAUGGGCUAGUUGGGAGUCCGUUCUAUAUCGCUCCUGAGGUAUUGGCAGGUUCGUAUAACCAGGCUGCUGAUGUGUGGAGUGCAGGGGUUAUUCUUUACAUUCUAUUAAGCGGGAUGCCUCCGUUUUGGGGGAAGACCAAAUCCCGGAUAUUUGAUGCUGUUAAGGCGGCUGCCCUAAGGUUCCCUUCCGACCCUUGGGACCACAUUUCUCAGUCAGCCAAGGAUUUGAUCAGGGGAAUGCUCUGUACAGAACCUUCUCGUAGGCUUACCGCCGAGGAGGUUUUAGAUCAUUGCUGGAUGGAAAGCAAUCAAACAGAUCCUGAACAACUAAGUGAGCAUAAAACCGGAAGUUGUGAAGAAUGGGAUGUUGGUGGUGGCUCAUUCUCUGCCUCUUUUAUGUCCAGGAGUCAGGAUAUCAGCUUUGGUGCUGGUUCGCCUACUUGCGAUGCUCAAUCACCUACAUUCACAUGCAGAUCAUCAUUUUCGUCGUUUCUCGUGGAACCAGUUACUCCUUGUUUGGUUUCUGGUGGGUUUUCAUUUCAGAGCACCAAAGAUUCCGAAGGCUUGGAAUUUUCUUCUCCUGUUCAAUCAAUGCUCAGCUUUUCAUUUAUUAGUCCCGGUGCCGUUGUUGAGCAAAAGAGCUGUAAAUUGGAGCGCUCAACUAACACAGCUACAAUAGAUACGCUUGCUGGAGAAGCAAGCUUGGGAAAUUUGCUUCUUGUAUCGGAGUCUCCCCCUUGCAUCGUCGGCCUUGAUGUUAAAGAAUCGAACCGGAAGCCUGCAGAGGCUAAAAGGGCAGGUGGAAUGAAUGGACAACGGGUAAUGGGAAUCCACAACAAGAGAAACCGGACAAUUGGACUUGGCGAUUGCGAGCAACUAGAUCUUGUUGUGACUGAGUCAAUCAUCCGCUGGUCGUCGUGCACACAACUCCCUACUUCUUUGAGAUCAUCACUUGUCUGCUAAAACCAGAUAGACUUCUUGAGAGAUUAAUCAAACAGCUCCAUGUUGUGCCUAAGUGGGCGCAUACCUGCACAAAUUUUGCCUAACGCAUUGUAUAUGUUUUCUCUUUUGCGUUGUUGAUACUGUCUUCUUGCUGGUGUGAUGCUGUGAUUUGUAGUAUAGAUUCUGAUUGAGUUCUAAUUGCUCAGUUUCUUGUUUUUCCUUCAUUCCCCUUUUAAUGUUAAGUAGCUUGUUAAGUGUAUGUUAUAAUCGGGUUUCUAUACUUAAUGAUAAAGCUGCAUGGCAUGCUUUUGAGUUUUGAGCGUA